UCAUAUCGAUUCGGCCGGCACUCGGUGGGGUUCAUUUCGUGCUGUCGUGCCACGGGCCAGGUGAUCGCCUAAAGGCGAAGGAGGGUGUGGUGGAGGUGUCGACGGUAGCGGUCGUCCUCGUUGCUUCACCGCCGCCGCCGCCGAUGCCAUGAAACACUAGGCAUUGCGAAGUGCACGAGACCGGGUGUCGGUGAGGCAAGGGAAAGCGACGGAUUUGGUGAUUGCCUCCCUUGUUCUACGGUGGAAACAGGUGGAUGUGGCUCGUUUGAAGGAAUCGAUUCCUUGGGACGGCCCUCUCCCAUCCUCCUCCGCCUCCUCCUCCUCAUCCAUCCUCCGUUGCUUCUCUUGGUUCUUGGCUUUCCUUCGCGCUGGGGGUGUCGUGGUGGUGGCGGUGACUGCGGUUCGGAAGGAGGCCAAGAUUUUGGUCUAUGGCAUGCUUCCACACAAAGCAAGUACAAUCUUCCCACUGUCGUUACACAGGGUAUCCUCCGCCACCGCCUCUGCGCUUGCAGUUCUCAUCGGCAUCGCCGUCUCCCUCGUGCGGCCACCUCCGCUGCUAGUGAAGAAGAAAAGGAUGCGGGAUUUCCGACUGCUGUACUUCUUCUGCUGCCUUUUGUGCUUUUGCUUCCCUCAUCACGGCCCAGUGAAGGUUCAGGCAUUUACUGGGACCUUUGGGAUAAACUAUGGCAGGAUUGCUGACAAUAUUCCUCCACCUGAAAGUGUUGUUACACUUCUAAAAGCAGCAAAGAUAAAGAAUGUGAGAAUUUAUGAUGCAGAUCACAAUGUGCUCAAUGCAUUUAGAGGGUCUGGGCUCGAUCUGGUUGUGUCAGUCAGCAAUGACCAUCUGAAAGACAUGAGUGUAAAUGAAGAUAAUGCUUUGAGCUGGGUCAAGGAAAAUGUGCAGCCAUUUCUGCCUGAUACUCGCAUUCGAGAGAUUGUAAUUGGGAAUGAAGUCUUGGGCGGUUCAGAUCAGGAAUUGCCAGAAAUUCUUUUGGGCGCCAUAAAAAGUGUGUACAAUGCUCUCAAGAGACUUCAAUUGGCAGAUGACAUAAUGGUGUCGACACCACAUUCGCAGGCUGUUUUCGUUAAUUCCUUCCCUCCCUCAUCCUGCACUUUCAAAGAAGAUGUCCUCGUUUACAUGAAGCCAAUUUUGGAUUUCUUUUCAAAGAUUGGCAGUCCCUUCUACGUCAAUGUAUAUCCGUUUCUGGCCUACACCUAUGAUCCUGAUCAUAUUGAUAUCAAUUAUGCUCUUUUUGAUUCCAAUCCUGGAAUUUAUGAUGCAAAGACUAACCUGCACUAUGAUAACAUGUUUGAUGCUCAAAUAGAUGCAGCUUAUGCUGCUCUGGAAGCUGCUGGAUUUGAUAAAAUGGAAGUCCGGGUUUCAGAGACGGGUUGGGCCUCUAGUGGGGAUGAAAAUGAACUAGGAGCUACCACCCACAAUGCAAGGACUUACAAUUAUAAUCUUCGUAAACGGCUUUUUAAGAAAAAAGGGACUCCACUCAGGCCAAAGAUUGUGGUUAAGGCAUAUUUGUUUGCCUUGUUUAAUGAGAAUCAGAAGCCUGGGGCAAGUUCUGAGAAGCACUAUGGGCUAUUCAAGGCAGAUGGGAGUAUAUCAUACGAUAUUGGCUUUACUGGCCUGAAGCCUUCAUGUGCAUCCCCAUCUCUCUUAUCCCUGAAGGAUAUUCAUACGCAAAGUUGGUUAGCACCUUAUUCCAUGAUUAUCACAUGUUUUAUAGCAGUCAUUAUGGCUUUAACAUUUUAAUUUGAUGUCAUACCAUACGUAAUCCUGCUUCAAGAUGCAUUGACCGGACCAGGGCAACGGCUGUUGGAUCUUCUCAUCUACCGUGAAUGUGAAUUGACUAAAUCAUUGGUACUCUGGUGCUGUUCUCCUGUUGAUCACCUUAUCCAUUUCAGUACUCUUUUGUUGCAUAAUAGUAGGAACAAAAUUGCUAGAGAUAUUGCAAGAUGCAAAUCCUGUUUUUGUUUCAACAUUUCAUUGUUUGCAACCUGAUAACAGAGGCCAACAGGCCACAGCCAGAAAAUGCUGGUUUGACUUCUGCCUAUCAUUCGUAAUCACAUAAUUUAAUGUUUCGGCUGAACAUUAUUUAUUCU